CUAAACUCCAAAACCCACAAAGUACAAGUAAAGUAAUAAAGAGAAAGUAAAAUGGGUCGAACCUCAUCUAUUGUCUCUUUCUCUUUGACACUAUUGAUCCUCUUCCAUGGCUACACAGCUCAACAAUGGCCCAAUGAGUGCCAGCUCGAUCAACUUAAUGCGCUCGAACCGUCUCAAGUAAUCCAGAGCGAGGGUGGUCGCAUCGAGGUCUGGGAUCACCAUGCACCUCAGCUCCGUUGCUCCGGUUUCGCAUUUGAGCGUUUCGUCAUUGAGCCUCAGGGUCUUUACUUGCCCACUUUCAUGAACGCCGGCAAACUUACGUUUGUUGUUCACGGAACGGGUCUAAUGGGAAGAGUGAUUCCGGGAUGCGCCGAGACAUUCAUUGAAUCACCGGUGUUUGGAGAAAGUCAAGGCCAGGGUCAGAGUCAAGGGUUCCGUGACAUGCACCAGAAAGUAGAGCACCUACGGUGCGGNGACAAGCGAACAAUUCCAGUGGAUCGAAUUCAAGACAAACGAAAACGCACAAGUCAACUCACUCGCGGGUCAUCUCUCCCNCUCUACAACAACGGAAAUGAGCCUCUCAUUCUUGUUGCAGCUGCCGAUCUCGCCAACAACCAGAACCAGCUUGACCGCAACCUUAGACCAGUCUUGAUAGCCGGAAACAACCCACAAGGGCAGGAAUGGCUACAAGGCCGACAGCAACAGAAACAAAACAACAUCUUUACUGGUUUCGCACCUGAGAUCUUGGCUCAAGCGUUCAAGAUCAAUGUUGAGACGGCUCAGCAGCUCCAGAGCCACCAAGAUAACCGUGGCAACAUUGUCAAGGUCAAAGGUCCUUUCGGCGUCAUUAGGCCACCCUUGAGACGCGGCCAAGGCGGCCAGCAACCACAGGAAAAAGCUAACGGUUUAGAGGAGACUUUGUGCACAAUGCGAUGUACCGAAAACCUCGAUGACCCGUCGGAUGCUGACGUGUACAAGCCAUCACUCGGAUACAUUAGCACACUUAACAGCUACAAUCUUCCUAUCCUCAGGCUUCUCCGCCUUAGCGCUCUUCGUGGCUCCAUCCGUAACAAUGCUAUGGUGCUACCCCAGUGGAACGUAAACGCAAACUCGGCACUUUACGUAACAAACGGGAAGGCUCAUAUACAAAUGGUGAACGAUAAUGGAGACAGAGUGUUCGACCAAGAGAUCUCAAACGGACAGUUGCUUGUCGUGCCACAAGGCUUCUCGGUCAUGAAACGUGCGACAAGCGAACAAUUCCAGUGGAUCGAAUUCAAGACAAACGAAAACGCACAAGUCAACUCACUCGCGGGUCGUACCUCAGUCAUGACAGGUUUGCCACUUGAGGUUAUAACCAAUGGGUUUCAGAUCUCUCCCCAAGAUGCUAAACGGGUUAAGUUUAGCACGAUGGAGACCACAUUGACUCACAGCAGUGGUCCGAUGAGCUAUGGAAGGCCUAGGGUUUGAGGCUUGAUGAGCUCGUGGUGGAAUAGCGUUUGAAUCUACAGUUCGGUUUGUAAUAAUAAGAAUAAUAAU